AUGGCGAGCUGCUCUGACAGCAACCACUACAGCCACAAAUUUACGGACAACAAUAGCAGCACGACAGUCAGUCGCUCUUACGAACUGAGCAGGCCAAGCACCAACGACGAUCAUCCAGUCCGACUCAUCUCACUUCACUUCGACCGUGAUAAUCACCAUCACUGGGACAGCCAGAGUGUAUAUCGUACAGACAUCACAUCUCAAUCAACCAGAAAUGUUCCAACAGUACCCUCGGCAGGGAGAGAUCCUGCUCCGUUCGUCACUCGUGACAAUCGAGAAAAGCGGCGCCUCACCAGUCACGAUGCCCGACAUGCUCGCGAAAACUGA